GGGCUGCUCAGUAAACAAAGAUGGCGCCGCGGGUACCAGAAGAGAUUGAUGUCUUCACGGCUCCUCACUCCCGCAUGAAGGAGCUGGUCAACAUCUACACUCACAAGAUGCAGUGCGUUGACUUUCGUGAUGGAUCAGAAGUGAUCUCCCUUCUGCAGGACCUCACUAACACACUCUAUGAAUUCAAGUCUCAUGAAUCCAUCGAGAACAUUUUUAUAAUGGACCAACUCAAGAAUAGGCUGAAGCAGCGGAAAAUAUUCAACACCGCCGUGUGUGACUGUCACAACGACAACAGACUUGGGAAUGUGGUGCAACUUGUGCGUACGGGGAAGCAGGUGCGGGAGCGCAGCGUUGGGGAGCGUGUCAGCUUUGGCCUGAAACUUCAGCAGGCUUUUGAGGACUUUGUUCGCAACUUUUUGCCACACAUGGAGGAAGAAGAGCAAGUUUUUCAGCCUCUACUGGUAGAAUAUUUUGAUUAUGACGAGUUGAAAAUUCUGAAGGAAGCCGUGUUGAAGGAGCACGAGUUAGUUAAAGAGCGCCAGUCGUACGAGAAGGCACACAAGGAGGAACCGGAAAUUAGCGACAUAGUUAAGGACCUGCGGGACUUGGACUGGGAUCUGUGCUCCCUUGAGGAAUCAUUCAAUGCUAAGGAGUACUGCGAGACGUCAGAGGCCGCCAUCACUGAACACGAACCGUGCACUCACGGUUAUGACGGACACAUACACGCAUACACCUUGCCUGACCUUCGGUGCGGUAACUCGCCAGAUGUGUUUACGUUUGACACCAACUACUUGGAGAAAUCGGAUAGCUGUUCCGUGCCGACGCCCGAGGACGUGCAAGUGUCGAGCUUACCGGUUGAGGUUCUGGUGGAGAUAUUCCAGUACUUGACUCCUCCAGAGUUGGGCAGGUGUGCCCAAGUGUGCUCGGCUUGGAAUGUUGCGGCCUUUUCUCCCUCGCUGUGGAAGGCCCUCUACCCAGUCCAGUGGGCUAGAGGCAUUUGGAAGGCUGAAGAUGUUGGGCUGAGCCAGGCUUUAGAGGAUGCUGCGCUGAGCAAGAAAGGUCGGGAAGGUCUCGGCAAGUGGGACGAGGAUGCUGACGUUGACGAGGCCGAGGAGGAGAGAGACCCGCUUGCUGAUCAAGAACACUUUGUUCUCGAAAGUUUAGUGCAGUGGGUGUUGCCUCGUGUGGGAGUGGGCGUGUACACCCUGGUGGUGGAUGCCGGCCACGGUGUUACGUCACGCCUGCUGCACCAGGCGCUCCUGCUGUGUCCCAACCUCACAACGCUCUCUGCUGCUCACACCCAAAUUGACUACUGUUCCUUUAAAGGAUUGUGGCUCAAGGGAUGUUUGCAGAAACUUCGGGUUUUAGAUCUACAAGGUUGUGAAAUGAUUGAUGAUCUUGCAUUAGAAUACUUGGCACAGUGUUCAAGUCAGUAUCCCGAGGCCGACACACUACACUGUCAUUCAAAUGACUUCAGUCAGUAUGUUGAGAUGCCUGAAGACGUCCAUUAUAAUGAAGAUGCCUAUAGUGAGGAGGAGUGGCCUCUGAAGGGUGACAGGGAACCGUACCAGUACUAUGGCUACUGUAGGUGUUGGUGUGCUCACGUCGACACGUCACCGCUAGCUGGUGUAGAGACGGACCUCUUCUGGAAAACUGGUUACUGUGUGGAUAAUCCAUGUCACAGUGUAAGCCAGCACAUUAAUACCAGUGUACUAGAGGAGGGAGAGGAGGAGUAUCACAUUCAAAAUAAUUCCGUGAGCAACAGAUGCUCUCUGCCUUCAGAAACAACGGCAGUAUCUAAUUUUUCGGCUCUUCACGUUGAAAGGGACAUUGAGGAGAUUUGUUGCUGUCCUAGGAAUGGUGCAUCUUGGGGUAUUAUGCCUGCACCUUUGUCGUGUAGGAAUCAAACCUAUCAAUCUUCUAGGUCCACUCAUUCCCUCAAGCCCAUAUCAAAUAAUUAUUCACAAGUGCAACUUGCACGUCUGAGUUUAUCUGGCUGCUGGCGGGUUACGGACGAAGGUCUUAUGUCGUUGGUGUACGCCGGAGUCCUCAAUAACCUAAGUAGUGUUGAUGUUAGUGGUUGCUAUCAACUGACAGGGGAAGGGCUAGAAAUAUUUACCAGUGCUUGUCCCAUUCUCCAGCCUGAAAAUCUCUGGUAUUGUGAUAACAUAGAUGAUGGUCCCUACCCUACACAAGCAAACGGUUGCUCUAACUUGUGCAACCCGGUGAGAGCAUGCUGCCGUAGUGGCAGGUAAGUUCCAGAUAGAAUUGUUUUAUGAGUGACAACACUAUAUUGUUUGUGAUAUUUUACAAAAAGUUUAUUUUUGACAUAUACAUACAGCUGUGAUGAUGUAAAGACAGAUGAUAUACAGUACAUGUACACUUAUCUUGGGAAUACAGUGGGUGGUAGUAGGUCGUGUACAAAAUUAUGCUGUUGAUACUCAUCAAUGAUGAACUUAAAAAGCAUUACGUUCAGUCGUUGGCAAGGGAACUUUCUUUUUCAUCACUGGUGUGUGUACAACCAGUGUGGCUACUCCUAGUGUGGCUACCACAAGUGUGGCUACCACUAAUGUGGCUACCACAAGUGUGGCUACCACCAGUGUGGCUACCACUACUAGUGCAGACAAGUCACAUAUGCACACAGCAGGAUAAAAAAUCAGCUUGAAGUUGGGUUGCAGUAAUUUGCAGUUGUACCAUGUGAUGGAGCUUUGCAAUCGCCCUUUUGUUCUGUAUUACGUGCUGUGUUGAAUAUAGUUCAGGUCCUCUGUUCAUCAUUACGAACUUUACAUCAAGAGCUCCUUACUGUUAGUAGAACUUUGCCCGCACUAAAAAAGCACAUUACAAUGGUUCCCCGGUUAACAAAUUUAAUCCAUUCCGGUACCGAGCUUGUCAUGUGACACACUCGUCUUGCGAAACAAAAACAAGACUGUCGUCGGAGGCGUCCGAGAACCAGCGGGAACGCUAGGAAGCACCAUGUGGUUUUCUCGUUAAACUGAACGGAAGCUCAUCAAUCGAGACAAAUUUUCUGCGAGUGGCUCGCUCAUUACCUGAAAUGCUCGUAGAUGGAGCUACUCGUCACACGAGGUAUAUCUGUAUACAUAUUAAAUCAUUCAUAUACAGUUGUACACACUGAUGAGAGAGCUUGGCAAGAUUAAGACCAAUGAAAAAAUAUUGAAGCUGUACGAAGGGAUCUAACCCUCGUGCCUGAACUCCUCGGAUACAUUAUAUGCAUUCUUGUAAUUUCAUUUUAUAUUAAGAGUAAUUUUUGGUUCUAAAAAUGAAGGCUAAAUAUCUCAUUUUGAAGAGAGUGACAGGAAAGUCUUGGAUUCUGACUUUGUGAAUGCAUAUUGUGUCUUGAUGCAAAUACUCUUGGAGAAUGAAAGGUGUGUUCCAUAAAGCCUGGUCGGGAGAGUAACAUAACCCCUUGGAUGAUGGAAUCAUGUUGGUGAGUGUGUAUUAAAAGCAAUAAACUGUUCUAGGACAAGAAAUUGAUCCGUUAGGUGUUGCAUUUCUUGUAAUCCCUGAAUGGCAAAGCCCAUUAAAAGUGCUAAAUUGAGGUGCACAUGUCUGAAAUGACAGACGUUAACAAAUUAAAUGCAAAAAUGUACCUGUCAAUUGGAGCAGUGU